CUAAGCACCACCGUUUAUAUUCCUGCUCUUGCGGACAAACCUUUUACUACAUUCACUCUCUCGAUUUUGUAAAUCUAGAUUUAAACGUUCUUGACGAUGUCCGCCCACAACCAACACACAGACACAGACAUGGAUGACGAUGACGCUAUGCUAGAUCAAGCUGAAGCUGGCGAAGAGAUCACCGAUGAUGGGGAUGCGCCUAUGGAGUCGGAAGGCGAAGACGGUGAAGUUGAAGAGGUGAAUAUGGAGGAGAUCCAACUGCAGAAUGACAGCGCAGCUCAUUUCGACGGCCACAAAGACAGCAUCUUCUGCAUAGCGCAACACCCUGUGCAUCCUGAGAUUAUAGCUACAGGUGGCGGCGACGAAGUAGGUUACGUUUUUGAUGCGACGCCCUCACAGACAUCCACUGGGCCCCAAGCAACCGGUCAGCCGCAGGAGCGGGAGAGCUUGAAGAGUUUGUUCAAACUGGAGGGUCACACGGAUUCAAUUAAUUCAAUCACCUUCACGCAUCCCAAAGGCCAGUAUAUCGUCACCGCUGGCCUAGACGGCAAGCUACGAACCUGGCAAGGUGAGCCUGCCGGUAAACGAUGGAAAUUCCUCGCCGAGGCGCAAGAGGUGGAAGAAAUCAACUGGCUCUCACCAUCUCCUUCCCCCGAUCAUCCAAAUGUCGUAGCACUUGGCGCGAACGACGGCUCCGUAUGGGUCUACCAAAUCAAUGCUGCGGAAAAGUCAAAUCCGCUGCAAGUUCUACAGGCUUUCUAUUUACAUACGGAGACGUGCACGGCGGGUACGUGGAGUCCGGAUGGAAAAUUACUGGCUACCGUGUCCGAAGACUCGAGCCUCUACGUCUGGGAUGUGUUUGGUGAUGCUGCGGCUGCGGGUUUGGCCGGUAUGCAGGGUGGUCAGAACGUCGUGGGCCUGACUGGUUUAGACGAGCGAUUCAAAGUGGAUGGUGGGCUUUACAGCGUUGGCAUUGCUCCAAAUGGUACCUUCGCCGUAGUAGGGGGGCCAGAAGGCAAUAUCCGUGUUGUUGGCUUGCCGAGAAUAGGUCAGGCUGCGCCGUCCACAGGAUCAAGUGGAAGGGGUGCUAGUAGCAAGGAUGGUGGUGCAAAGCAAGCCGGAAGUCCUAAAGCAUUAACAUCUUCUGCAGGCCAGGCUGGACAGAUUCUCGCUUCUCUUCAGGCUGGAAAUGAUAAUGUAGAAACGAUAUCCUUUACUUCAGCUCCUUUAACGCUGAUGGCCGUGGGCAACGUCGAUGGCUCUAUCACACUCUUCGAUACCGCUCACCGUUUUGCUGUCCGCCGAAGAAUUGAAGGCGCGCACGCAGAUCAAGAAAUCGAGCACGCAGUCGUCAAAGUCGAGUUUUUGAAAAAUUCGGCGCUGCUGACGUCCUGUGGUUACGAUGGCGUGGUGAGGAGAUGGGAUGCACGAGGUGGUACUGCAGCUGCUGCAAAAGGGUUGGUGGGAGAAUGGAAAGGACAUCGAGGAGGUGGUGAAGGUGGAGGAAUCAUGGGAUUUGUGCAGGGUGAUGGACCCUUUGUGGUGACGGCUGGGGAUGAUGCGGUUUCUUUGGUCUUUCAGACACCAGUGUAGGGGGUUGCGAUCCGGUGGCCAUCUUCUCAAUGAUUUUAUGAUUACUUUAGAACGAAAAUUAAUUUCAUGUCGGGGUGUUCGUU